AUGUCAGCCGGUCCGAACUUGGGCAGCAAUGCAAACACUUGCUCGUCUGAAGCGACUGCCUCAACAGCGGGUGGCAUCAAGAGUCCUCACGGUGACGAAGCCAUCCUUACCUACGAUGUGCUGGACGAAAAGCAAGCGAUCCGGUCCGUCGCCGACGACGGCGCGGGAGCCACAGUGCUCUUCAGCGGAACGACUCGCGAUUCUUUCAGAGGCAAGCAAGUCACAAGACUCGAAUACGAAGCCUACUCGUCUCUCGCUCUCAAGACACUGCAAUCGUUGCUCGUCAAAGCGCAUACAUCUGCUCCCUUUGCAGAGAACCCCAUCCCACUGUCUGCCAAUGCAGACCCUCAAUCAAACGACUCGAGCGAGGACAGGAUCACACGAUGCUACAUUGCACAUCGGCUAGGUGCAGUCAGCGUGGGAGAGUGCAGCAUUCUGAUCGCGGUCAGCUCGCCGCAUAGGAAGGAAGCCUUUGCUGUGGCCGAGUGGUUGCUGGAAGAGGUCAAGAAGAAUGUGGCGGUGUGGAAGCGGGAAUUCUAUGCGACAGGAGAUGUUGUGACGGCACGCGACGGUGAUGCUGGACCUCUUGAUCCGAGUCGGGCGGAGACUGCAGACGCAAGUACAUCAGAUUGGAGCUGGAAAGCCAACUUUCCAGCAGCAUGA